AUGGAGUACAAUAUUAUCAACCAGGAAGUUAUUCACUCAAUGAGAUCCUCCAAAUUGAAGAAAGGGUGGAUGGCUAUUAAAGUUGAUUUGGAAAAGACGUUUGAUAGGCUCCAUUGGAACUUCAUCGCAGAUUCUCUCCUGGAUCUUGGAUUCUGGAUUCCCCCGGGUAUUCAUCUCAUUAUUAUUAUUGGUAGUAUUGCUUCUUCCAGUUUUCAGGUUCAAUGGAAUGGUUUUCUAACUCGGACUUUCUAUCCUGAGCGAGGUAUAAGACGUGAUGAUCCCUUGUCGUCUUAUCUUUUUAUCCUUGCAAUGGAAUGUUUAGGACAUCUGAUUAAUCACUCUAUCUCUAAUGCUAGUUGGGACCUUUUCCGGUUUGUGAAAAAUAGUGUUCCUCUAAUUCAUCUGUUCUUUGCGGAUGAUCUUAUCCUUUAUGCUCGAGUCGAUAUGUCUCAGGCAAGAAUUAUCAAGGAUGUUCUUACGGCCUUUGGAAGCUCCUCUAGACAUCGUGUCCACGAUUUCAAUGCGGCCUUCAUCCUUAAAAUUGAUUUCUCUUUGCUCACGGAUAUUAGAGCUCUUUGGAUAAAUCUUUUGAGCCAAAAAUAUAAAAUGGUUGGUCCUUGUCCGAAGUCAAUCUCUCGCCCCAACUGCACUCCCCUUUGGCGGGCUCUUUCCACGUAUCGGAAUGAACUAAAAUUUAGUAUUGCCUGGUCUUUAGGGGAUGACAAUUCUGUUCGACCUUUGGAUGACGUCAGUGGUGCCAUCACUUGGCCCUUUAAGUGA